AUUUGACACUGACAAUGAAAAACAUUUGACAACUCUAUACUCUGAGAUUUACUGUAAUACAUACCUUUUAGGCAACUGGAGGGCAAAGUCAUAGAUGACUUCGCUCACUUCGCUGACUUUUCCACACCUUUACAAGCAAGUGGGGACAGCGGAUAAACAUCAAACAAUGGAGGUAAUGGUGCGACACAUCUCACACUCAAAAUUUCUGACC